AUGACCUCUCCAUCCCCCCCAGCUUCUCCCUCUAGUAAGUUCAACGCCACAUCCCAAACUAAGGAACGUACAUAUUCACUAGCCCAAGUAGUCGAAUAUACGGACUCGGAGACCGCGUCUCCGGGGGAGGAGGCUGGCGACUCUGGUAAGCGAGCACACCCACAAUUGCAAUAUCUACAAAAUCUAAUCAAGAUAGCAGAUACACCACGACAACAACCCACCAAGAGAGAGUGGGCCACCGUCGCAACCAACCGUUCGCAAUCACCAACAGCCGACAUGGUUAGAACCAGACGCACCGCCCAACAGGAGGAGAUCGACGAGAGAACUGGCUUCAUGGAGGGUGCAGUGGUGAGCGGUGGCGUCGAGGGGCAGCCAGCUCGUCAAGGUGCGUUUAGCAGCGCCGAUGACCUCUCCGCACCAAACGUUCGUACUAGCGGAGAGCGAGGCAACGAGGAUGCUCGUGUUAACCACCAGGAGUUCUUGAUGAUAUUGGAAGCAGAGUACAAUCAAAUCAUGGCUGCCUACCAGACCUACCGCGAGAGUCCACUGCACCAGGAGACUCUCCAAGGAACUCGCCCUGCCGACGACCCUGAAGUUCGGCUCUUCAAGGCCCAGCUUCUGGAGAGAAUUGCGGCGAUUCCACACCUCCAAGUCCGGGCGCGGGUUCAAUACAUUCUCUUCGAUCAUUGCCACCCCCAACUUGCCCAUCUCUCGGUUGUAGACGAGUAUGGACAACCGCCAAAGCUGCAAGCACGUCCUUGGCACCCAUACCCGUACAACGCAUCUCCACGCGCUCAAGAGACACAAGACAUGGAGAACGCCGCGCAAUUGUCCGUUGAGGAUGCUGCUGAUGGAUUCGCACCAGUUGCAGAUGAGGGUCAGUAACCAUUUCAGCAUCUCGGAUACCUCCAAAUCAAGUCCGUAGCUAAUAUUUGUGCCGCUCAGAAACACGUUACACUCACCCCAGUCAAGAUAUCGACAGUAUUGCAGCAGAGUAUGGAUUUGGAGAUCACUCCGUCGAAGGCCUUUUGAGAGGCAAGCUAGAACUUGCGGGAAACGAUGACGAUUACCCAAAUGAUGAGUUGGAGGACACUGUCCGUUCGACCAAUACCGCCAUCAAUAUCCUUGAGUCUCUUCGCACCAACCUUUCCACCGCAGCUCAACCAUCGGAAGCCGCUCCACCAGUCAACAAUUCGAAGGUGAUGCCUACUUAUCCAGAGCUCGCCAUCGGUCAUAUCAAAGCAGCAAACCCAAGUUCCGACGACGCCGAAGAGCACUGCACAUUCUGUACAUAUGACUCCGAUUUUGGUGUCUGGAAUGAGUGUGUUCUUCUCCCCGAGGAAGCAUCUAAAGGCUACUGCGCUGAGUGCAAGCAUAAGACGAUGGGUUUCAUGACGGAAUAUACUGAUCUGUAUGACAUGGGGGGCGAUUACUAUGAUACGAUUCGAGAAUUCGAGCAGGAGCACCAGAUCGAAAAAAGCAAUGACCUCCAGGACCUCGCCGAUGACCCUGCUCUCGUCGAAACCGCUGCCAAGUACCAAAUCUGUCAACCAACUACCCACAACACUACCAGCAACCUCGAUGGUAAAAACAUCAGCCGUUUCCGUGGUAUCAUGUUCUGCCGUGGCAAUUCAAUGAGACAGGUAGAUAUCACCAAGGCUAGAAUUUGUAAGGAAUGCAAGGUAGAGAAGAUGGCUAUCAUGAACCACCGUCAUCGUGAGUUUAGUCCUGCUAUUCGGGACGAGCACGCCACGGAUAAGGAUAAGCGAUGCAUGCUUUGCACUGGUAUGGCGGAGGAGGCAUGCGAUGGCUGUCCAUUGAACCUUUGCUUCAUGUGUGUUAUCAAGGUCAAGAAGGGUAAGUCUUUCCAUCACGAUAAUGCUGAACUAUACUGAUUGUUCUUUGCAGACGGAAAGGGUUGGACCAACAAUGCAAUCUACUCAUUUGGUCGUGAGCAUAUCCGUAAUGACGCAUUCUUGCUUCGCAGCGACGGUGGUGGAUUUUAGGAUGGAAACCUUGGUUACUGGCAAUAUGAUCGAUUUGUUUGGUCGUGAUCAUAUUCGAAAUGACACAUUCUUGCUUUGCAGCGACGAGGGUGGAUCUAAGGGCGAAAACCUUGGAUUUGUAAGAUAGGAUACGUUUUGUAGCUGAGAGAUACCCAAUGAGGAAACACCAUUUGCAGA